AUGACCAUAAUAAGAGAUGAAUUUGAUUAUCUCGUAAAAGAUAGCAAGCGAUUUGAAAUGAUGCCAAUAAUUGGAGCUGAAAAAUAUUAUGCCGCAGCUACAAAAUCAAGCAAUAUUGCUUCAAUGCCUCCAAAUCAACUCUUCAAUUACCUUGAAGAAUACUUUUCAUCUAUAGAACCCGUAAAUUACCCAGUUCUUCUUAAAUUCGGUUUAUCUCCAAGUACAUAUCCAUUGGCAAAGCUGAGUAUUAUAGUUAACAUGAUCUCAAAGCAACAUGAAUUCGAUAUUGAAGAAAACGUUAAAAAAGUUACAAUUUCAGAAGAUGGCGCUGAAGACAACACACCUAAUUCCGCAAAAGCAUUUACAAGAUUAAUCAAAUUGCCCGAUCAUCCCAUCCAAAAAUGGUGCGAAAGCUCUAAAAUUACAAAAUUAAUUAAUAAAUCUCCAAACAAAACUAUCUACAUCAAUUCAUUAGGUGGACCAUACAUUGUGUUCGACAAUUCCCAAGGACGAUACAUAAUUGAUAUUGUUUCCCAAAAAUAUCAAUUCAAGAAUGAACAAUUCAAAGAUCUCAACGAAAUCAUUGACAACAGAUACGUUCUUAAGAAUUCUGCAAUUGUCAAUGGUCGUUUAUUCUUUGUUGUUCUAGACAAUUACGACGUCAGUAUUAUUUCAUUCAAAAACGACGAAAUGCCAACCAAACCAGGUACAGGCGAAGUCACAGACAUUGGCGUGUCCACUGCCUGCUCCGGCACUUGUUUGCACGUGAUUUUCGACAAAUUACAUGUUUACACGAAUUCAAACGAAAUCAUUGUUUACAGUUUGACCGACAUGACCAUAAUUGAAGAGUAUCCGCAGUACUACAUCUACUCCAUGGUCAACUUUUCCGAGAAGGAUAUUUUCGGAAUAAGUUACAACAACAAUGAAAUUUUUGUUGAUCUGAGAAAGAACGAAAAAAGUGACAAAUAUUUGACAGUUGUCAGACCCUGUUUUGCCUUACAGUCCUACGAAGUUGUUUCAUUUAUUAUCGAUGAUAUUCUUAUGGAAGUUACGAAUUGUUUUAUUUCUUUGAUCGAAACAGGCAAAGCACAGUCAUUUUUAGCUGCAAACGCAGCGAAACACAUCGAAUACAUCCUCAGGAUUAUCAAGAGUUUGGAGAACUUCGAUGUUGACAGAGACCUCAGGAAUUUCCUGAAUCUGAUGCUUGACAGACUGUUGAUAUUGAACAUCAGACAGAUGUAUUCGACAAACAAAGCCAUCAAUGACGAAAUCAAGUCAAAAAUCAUUGUUUACUUGGGAAGACAGAUCCCAACGUCGCCAAUCAAAGACACUUACGACAUGUUGAUAAGAGCAGUCAAAUACGGAAUCUACUGGCCAAACUUAGUCAGCAGAAUCCACGAGGAUUAUCUCAGAUUCUCUGACACUCCGAUUUUUGACAUUUUCAAACUGCCGCAGAGUAUAUUUUUGCCGUUUGAUAUAGAUAUCUUUGGCUUCUGCAGCAGUCUUGAAGAGUCGGUAGAGCUCAUGAACCAAAGGAUCAACGACAUGUACUUAAUAGUCAAAAGGGUCGGAAUCAAAAACGGAAAUAUGAAGAAACACUUUUUUGACAAAGAAAUCAUCAAAUUUGUCAAUUUUGUUUUCGAGUAUAUCAUCAAAUAUCAAGCUCCUGUUACUCGUCAACUGUUUUCACUAUUGUCUGUUAUUCCGAUGGGCCCUUAUUUGGCUGAUUGCGUGAUCACCAACAUGAACAAGAUUUGCGAAAGCGGAUUCAUUUUCAAACUGAUGAACAGAGACAAAGGAUUCAUGGAAUUCAUGAAGUAUUUGUUGAAUUUCGGAAAUGGCAAAGAUGUUCUUUCAUCUAUUACAUUCAACACAACUAUCUUCUCUCCAGAAAACAUCUGCGGAGAUAUAGAAACAUAUUUCCCGACUCCUUUCGACAAAAUCAGAAUCAAACAGAAAGAUUUCGUCAAAGGACAAGCAAAUCAAAACGCUUUCUUCAACUACGAGGAAUUGAACACAGAAGAAGACACAACAAAUGUUGAUGGAUAUAACUUGAGUGUUGAUAUAAUUGGAAACAACAAAAGUUCGCAGUAUUUACUUGAUGGAAUUGUUUCGAGAUUUAAUUCAAAAGAAAUGCAAAUUCUUGAUAGAGAUCGCGCGAAAUACGGUCUUUUGAUCUAUCUCUAUUCCAAAUGCGUAAAAGUCUCAAGAGAAGCGAUUCCUCCAACUGGAAUGGAAGAAACACACAAAGAAAUUCUGAGUCUGCCGAUUUACAACAAGUCAAACUUAGAGCUGUACGUUUUCAAUGAUGAAUUGAGGAAAAUUGUCCGUUCUCCAGAGAUCCAGUUUGGAAAUGCAACUGAUAUAUUCACAAUUCUCGCUCUGGCAACAACAGAAAAUAUACUGAGAAGGCCAGAGAAAAGAUUCAAAUCGUUCGGCAGCGAAAUCCAAUUAUUGCCUGUAAAAAUCGCUAUUUCUGUCAUUUGGUUGUGUAACUACAUAGAAGAGUUCAACGAAUUUAAGAAGAAUCCGUCAUUGAAGUUGUUUGAAGAGAAGUUCAAAAAGAUUUUGCCGAAAAUUAGAAAGAUAAAAGGAGAUUUGAUCCAGUUCAAGAAGAAUGAUAGUUUCGACUCAAUGGUAGGUUCGGUACAGAAGAAAUUCCCUAUUCUGAUGGACGCUGCUUUUGUAGAAAAUCCAACUGAAGAAAACAGAGAAAAAAGGUUCGAAAGAGUCAUCAAAUUCUACUCAUUUGAUUUCGAUAAUUACGAAAUGACAAAAAUUGACAAUUUGAAACGGCUCAAAUGUAACCUACCAACAAAUGUUAAUACUUCCAUUAAGAAAUUGGUUGCAAAGCUGUUCAAAUAUAAGAAUCACAAUUUCGCCAUUCCUUUGGCAAGAAGUUUAAUCCAGGAACUUGAUUACGAUCAAAUUGAACCAGAUGUCAAAGGGCAAAUGAAGAAUUUCAAUGAUAUCGUCAUUUUCUCGCACAUGAUUCAUGAAGAAAAGGAUGUAGAACAGAUCAUCCAGCUGACACGAGCUGUCACCGUUCAAACCCAUGAAGAAACAGAUAAUGUUUUGAUCAACGCCAGACAAGUUUUAGGAAAUAUGGGUUUGGCUCUUGAGGAUUGCAGACUCUGCAGAGAAUCGUUGCCUAUGCUCGGCAGUGAAACGGAAAGGUCUAAGUUCAUCCUCCUCGGAUGGGGCGCACAACAUACAUGCGAUUACUGGCAUAUUUCUGACAAAGUUUGCUUCAUCAGAUCAAAACUUGAUCCUCGCACAAUCAUCGAGAAAAUAGACAUCGAACAAUUCGACGUGAGUUUGGGAGCAAUGAUUGCUUUGGGCGCCGAGAUCUUUGACUCCGAAAUCACUGGAUACAUCAAAGUGAAAGGAGAAACAAAGCUCGCGAUCGAAUGCGAUGUCGACUUGCAGAGAAAUUCCCAGGCUUGUUUCAAAGUCGACGCUCCGAGGUUCCCAAUUGACAAUGGAUUGAUCAAUCAGAUGAGUGAGUUCGUCAACGCCAUCGACAUGAAUACAGAAGAUCCAUCGAAGGGAAUAUCAAACUGCGUCAUCCUGUCAUUCAUGACGAAAAUGUUUGACGCAGUUGCUGACAAAGAAUCAUUUGCAAAGAAAUUUAGGAAACUUGCAACACUCGUAAAAACUUACAACGGCAAGAAAGUUCCUAAUUUCUCCAACUCGAAGUACUCUUUCAUCAUCAGGCAGCAGCUGAAUAAAUUCGUAAAAACUAAGAGUUAUCCUGACAGAUUCGUUCCAUUGACUCACUGCGUCCUAUGCGACAAGUCAGGGCUCAGGGGAAGACCAGAAACAACUUCAUUCUUUGUGCACACGAAACAGAUUGACAAUACCCACUUUCUCAAGAUUUCCUUCGCUCAAAUGAAGACGCAACUGAAAUACAUCGGAUUCAUCUCUGAAGACUGGGACUGCACUGUUUUGAGCCUUCUGGACAGAAACAUCUACAUGGACAAGAAGUUUGUUCCUUACAAUGGCUCUACAUCCGAAAUUCGGCUUUGGAUGGACGGAUCCUUCCUCUGUUUCGGAAAUGUAAAAGUCGACUCCGGAGAAGCAAAGAAGCGCUGGGUUUUCGUCAUCACUGUCUGCGAUGAUUCUUUGAUCAAUUACGAGUACGAGAAUAAAGACAAUUCACUUCAAGCUGUUGAAGUUCCUCCGAAGCAGCACAACUUCGACAUCAGCCAGAUUUUCCCCAAAGUUUGUGUCGGAAUGCAGGCGAAGAUCGAAGGACACUCUAACUUGAUUGUCAAUAAAUUGGAAGAUCCAUUCCUUUACAUCGUCGAAGGCUGCAAUUUCGAAAUCAUGAGCAGCGUCAGCUACCACAUUCCUGCCCAUCAAAUCACCACUCAGUACACUCCAUUCGACAGUGUAAUGAACUGCGCUGAAACGCAGAAUCAAAUAGGAAUUAAGCCGCAAUUAAUAAACGAUAUACUGGAGACAUGCCAGAACUACUUCAUCUCGAUGAUACAGACGCUUGUUCCUUACUACACGCAGGAGAUAAACAGCGACAUGGCUCUUUCUCUGAUCACGAAACUGACUGACACUUCAUCGCAGGCAGAACUCAACAGGAUCAAGGAAAUGAUAAAUGGAAAGGAGGAAGAAAUCAGAGCGAAAUUGGAGGAAACAGUGAUGGAAGGAGAUAGAAAUUCGUCAUUCACAGUUUGCAGAGAUAUCAACCAAUUAUAUAGCUCCCAAUACGGAUCAGCGCAAAUCGGACUUUUCCAGGCAUGGAACCACAGUCUUUUCUACAGGAAGACGUUCUUGAAUGGCUUGGAAUUGUUCUCCAAGUACAAGAAAGUCUGUUUGGGAUUCAUUCCUAUGAUUCUCAGGGAAUUCAAAUUCGAACUUCCUUCGGAUUUGAAUUCUGCGAAGAUGAUUUUGAACUUCUUCAACUCCCCUGCAAACGAAGCUUAUUUCAACCACAUGACUGCAAGUGAUUGCACUGAUUAUUUCAACAAAUUGGUGACCUUUGUUUUCGAAAGGGAUCCACAGACAAUUGUCACAAAACAAGCACAUUCUUCCUUGAUAAACAGAUGUGCAGAAUCACUCAUUCCAAAUCUGUUUGAACUCGGAAAGAACGCAGGAAACAAAGAGAAGAGAAUGCCGCCUUUGCUGUUAUUCUCCGACAAAGGAGCGAAAUUCUCUAAAUCUGUUUAUAAGCACAACAACUUCUAUCCUGUUGAGAUACUGCUUCCGAACGGACAAACUAAGAUUCUCCAAAGUAGCUCGAGAUACGAGGAAAACAAAGGAUACAGAUACCACUUUGGAACAAACGGAAAUCAAGUUCUAAACGAUUGGAAAGCAUUCGUAAACGCUGAUUUCUCUGAUAUCUACAAGCCUUUGUUAGUUGAUUACAUGUUAAAGAACAAAAUCACUGACAAAAAGAUUGGAAAUUAUCCUCCAAUUGUUGUUUACUUCGCCUGCAUCGGAUUGUCAUUAUUAACCGAAGUCGAUGAUGAUUACUUCGAUUACUUCACUCGAGAAAUGGAUCCGAUCUUCAAUAUGGUAGACAGUAACUUGAAGGUUGGCUGGCUGAACAAUUUCGAAGAUUGGGCUGAAGCAGGAUUAAUAGGAUAUCUAUACAUCGACAUCAAAAAGACUCAUUCGCAAGGUGUUCCCUAUGAUUCUCCAGAUCUAAUCAGAGUCAUCGAUUACCUCGCGAGAGACGAAGCCCAUUUCCCAUCAAAUUUGAUUGCGUUCAAGGAUAAACAGAACAAGAUGAUUUACUUCGUGAAAUACGCGAACUCAACCGGCCAAGAUGUCGGUGGAAUGUUCAGAGACUCAUUCUUCAUCAUGGUGAAUGAGUUGAUGGACGUGAACAUCAGGUAUUUCAUCAAGCCUCCAAACACUUUGCACUGCGAAAGAGAGAAACUGGUUCCUGCUCCAAAUAUGCCACUGAAAGUCGCGUCAACAAUCGGAUCUCUCUUGUCAAGUGCAAUUGCAACGAAGUACACCCAGAAAGCAUGGAAUAUUCCUCGCUUUAUUUGGGACAGCUUCGUCACUGACGCCAAUCUUUCAGACCUCGUUGACUGCGACGAUCCGAACUAUUUCCGCAACCUGGAAAAGAUUGUCAAUGCGAUGAGAGAAGGAUUUUGGAAGGUCAUUCCUCUGGACUAUGUAAGGAACUUCUCUGGAAGAUUCAUCGAGGGAUUGUCAUGUGGAAAGAAGGCUGAAAUGGACUUGAACACAUUCUUGAACUACUUCACUCCAGAUUCAGUUAUUACCUCUGUCUGGCCUGUUUUCAUGGAGGCAAUCAGUACAUUCACUUCAGACGAGCUCUCGAAACUGAUGGCUUUCAUCACUGGAAAUGACACUCCGAAACUGGAUAGAGACUUCAGCAUGAAAUUGACUGAGUUGUCUAACGAUGAUGUUGAACAAGACGAAAACAGAUUCUUGCUCCCGAAGGCUCACACUUGCUUCAACAAAAUUGAUAUUAUGCCUUUCACAAACGCAGAAAUCCUCAGAGAAAAGCUGACAAAAUGUAUAACAUACCGCUCAGACUUUGAAGAUGAGGAGAGUCCAUGUAGAAUUAUUUAA